AUGGAUUCUGAAACUCCUUACACAGCACUAGCACCGCCUGUGUUUGAUGGUGAUAAUUAUCACAUCUGGGCAGCAAGAAUGGAGGCACACCUUGAGGCAAAUGACCUUUGGGAAGCUGUUGAGGAAGACUACGAUGUUCCUCCUUUACCAACCAAUCCAACUAUGGCUCAGAUUAAACAUCAUAAGGAGAGGAAAGCAAGAAAGUCAAAGGCAAGAGCUACUUUAUUUGAUGUUGUCUCACAAGACAUUUUUACCAUAAUCAUGACAAUCAUAUCAGCAUUUCAAAUCUGGAAUUUCCUCAAGGAUGAAUAUGGAGGAGAUGAAAGGAUCAAGGGAAUGCAAGCACUGAAUCUGGUUAGAGAAUUUGAGAUGCAAAAAAUGAAGGAGUCAGAAACAAUCAAGGAGUAUGCUAACAAACUUCUUGGCAUUGCAAACAAGGUGAGAUUACUAGGUACUGAAUUUUCUGAUUCAAGAAUAGUUCAGAAAAUAUUGGUAACAGUUCCUGAAAAAUUUGAGGCUUCUAUUACCUUAUUGGAAAAUACUAAGGAUUUGUCAAAGAUCACCUUGGAAGAACUUGUAAGUGCUAUGCAGGCCCAAGAGAAAAGGAGCAAAAUGAGGGAUGAAGUUUAUGUGGAAGGAGCAUUGCAAGCUAAAUUGCAAAUAAACCAAGCAGAAAAGAAAAAAAUGAAGAAUUAA